ACAUAACUUCCCUACCUUACAGUUGAUACAUUCAUGGUGUAGAGAGGAGGGUGUUGGGCUAGUAUAAAUAAAACCAUAGAUAAGAAGGUGGAAUAACAGGAUAUAUUAAUUUGAUAUUUCCCCAGUUGCCCUCUGCAUCUUUAAUAAACCAUCGCUCCCUCCAUUCCGUCUUAAACUAAGACACUAACAAAAACAACAAAGAGAGAAAACGAAACUUCUCCGCUGAGGCAUCCUUGUGCGCAACGUAGAUACGUUGAAUAAAGCCUCCGCGCAUUUGGCCGUUUGCCGAAACAAGAGUACUAAUCAGCCGGUGAGACCAUGAUUCGAACGGCUUCAUCGAUCCGAACUUUGGUUCAGUCUCUUCGAGCCAUCUCUUCUUUCUCCCAGACUGGAGUUGGAGCUCGAAAUUCAUACAAUUCGGGUGCUGUAUCUUCCCUGCAACAAGUUAUUAGGCCAUCUACUUACGGUGAGGAUGAGUACGCUGACGUGGAUUGGGAUAAUCUUGGGUUCGGAAUCACCCCAGCUGAUUACAUGUACAUAAACCAGUCAACAAAAGAUGGAGAAUUUCAUCAAGGACAACUCAGCCGCUAUGGUGCUCUCGAGCUCAGCCCCGCUGCUGGAGUUCUCAACUAUGGCCAGGGACUUUACGAAGGCACAAAAGCGUACAGGAAAGAAGACGGGAGACUACUGGUGUUCCGUCCAGAUCAAAACGCUCUGCGGAUGAAGAUGGGCGCCGACAGAAUCUGUAUGCCUUGCCCUUCCGUCGAUCAGUUCGUUGACGCCGUUAAGCAAGUUGCUCUAGCCAACAAACGCUGGGUAAAACAGACUCCACCUCCUGGGAAAGGAACUAUGUACAUAAGGCCUCUUCUAAUGGGGAGCGGUCCGAUCAUGGGUUUAGCUCCGGCGCCGGAAUACACGUUUCUCAUCUAUUGCUCUCCGGUCGGCAACUAUUUCAAGCUUGGUUUACUACAGGAAGGGUUUGCGCCGUUGAAUCUGUAUGUGGAGGACGAGUUCCAUCGUGCAACCCGUGGUGGAGCAGGAGGCGUCAAAUCAAUCACCAAUUACGCGCCGGUUCUGAAAGCGAUAGCUAGAGCCAAAGGGAACGGGUAUUCCGACGUUCUGUAUCUGGAUUCGGUUCAUAAGAGAUACCUGGAAGAAGUCUCUUCCUGCAACAUUUUCGUUCUCAAGGGGAGAGUGAUAUCAACCCCUGCUGCAAUUGGGACUAUUCUUCAAGGUGUCACUCGCAAGAGCAUCAUCGAAAUCGCUUCCGAUCAAGGCUACCAGGUUGAAGAACGAGCAGUGGCAGUAGACGAACUGGCAGAGGCCGACGAAGUGUUCUGCACAGGAACAGCGGUGGGCGUCGCCUCCGUCGCCUCCAUAACGUACCAGGGGAAAAGGUUGGAGUACAAGGUUGGAGCUGAGACGGUGGCCCAGCAGCUGUACUCGAUCCUGGAAGGGAUCAAGAGCGGCGCAAUCGAGGACAAGAAAGGCUGGGUUGUUGAGAUCUGAUGAGCACGUGCGGUUUUUCAGCUCAACGACAUUUGGCUUACCUACUUACUUCAUGCGAGAUAUUGGUAGCUGAGCCCAUCUAAGGAAAGUUUGUACAAAAAUAAAGGUCUUCCUAUUAUUGUUGUACCCCUGCUGCCUGCUUUCAAUUAUCCGCCAGCUAGCAACAAAUGAAUGCGGUACUUGCCAUCUACCUUGCUUGUUGUUGGUUGACAGGAAAAAAACUGUGCAUCCAUCCAUCCGCCAAUCAUGAAUGUAUAUGACUAUGAGGCCCCGCCAAGGCCUGUGCUCGUGGGCCCGAUGUGGGCUUGAAUAUUGGUGAUGGGUCUUUUCCAACUUGCUCAAAUGUCAAAUUGAUUUUCACUGAAUAUUAGUAUUAGGUACUAAAAUCUUACAAUAAAAAAUAUAAUAAUAUUUUUUUGGUAAGAAAAAAA